AUGGGCUGUUGCUGCAAGUCGCGAUCUCACGCAAGAAUCGUUGACUGACCGGCUUUUGCGUGUGAAGAGUCGCGAAAAACGCUCGCCAGUACUCGACGCUUCGGCGUUUUAAGCCAGAUCGAUAAAUGCGGUGCUCUUAAAUUAGAGGAGCAGAGUCCAGGCGACAAUCAGCGACUUCACAUUCUGGCGAAAGGCAUAAGUCCGGAGCCCUCGCCGACAACUGUUGUACGGAUCUGCUCGGUUUCGAAAAAGCGUAUCUUUAAGCAAAAUAGAAAAAAAGGACAUGAACUCGUAACUAGUCUGUUUUAAGUAUGGAAAGCGUCACGGUGCUUUGGAUGUAUGUGCAGUGGCUGCUUGAGACUCAUGGCUGGAAAUUGUUGGGCUCCGCGAUUCUCUUUUAUGUAGGACGUCAGCGCUACCGCGAAUUCAAAACACAUCGCCACCACAAACAAAUGCUUGCAGCCGCUAACGGUGCGUUUCAAGCUCAGUAGUGACCAGCUUAGUUAUCUGUCGUGGGUGAUAUUCUGACUGGCGUACCAUGUUAUUUCGCUACACGCACUGUCGCCCCUGAUACUAUGUAGAUCCGUCGCGAGUAGCAGUUCUUCAACACGAAUCGGCUCGCGUGCGUCAUAAGCAACAAGAAUUGCACACCAAAAUCACCAAGUUCAAUGUGAAAAAGGAAACGUAACGUAAUACAAGAAACGCUCGGCAUAUUGUUGACGUACUGUAACACGAAUGUGUUUCUUAUCUCUAACAAAGCAUUAGUCGCUCACACAACUCAUCCACGUGAGGAUAAACGACUUAUAUGCAACACAUGUUCGUUCGUUCAUGCGUUACGUUUAAAUUGCGUGCAUGCGACGGGUGAUAAGUCAUGUCAUAGCAUUGAGACUGAGCCAAUC